AUGGCUGCCGAGGGAGACAAUGAACGGGUCGCCGUACCUGGGAACAUUUGGAGACCUGAGCCCGCCUCGUCAAUCCUUGCUGCGCAUUUUGCACCGCGUCUUGCCUCCCAAGGGCACGAUGCUCAGCUCACAAGAGAGACUUUCUCUCAGCUACGACAGGAACUUCUUGGUGAAGUUCAUAAUCAAUUACGUGUGGAUGAAGAUGUCACCGAUGUUAACAAACUCAUAUGCAUUGUCUUAAAGGCUGGGCUCGAUAUCAGCCCAAAAAGCAACUCUCCGGAGCAAAGCUUAGAAGGGCAAGUACUUGACUGCUUAGACAUUAUUCAAGCUAGUAUUGAGAAAGCUCCCCAGGCUCUAUGGGCACCAUCUGACCCACUCAUAUUGGGCGAGGAUGUACAUGCGCCUCUGUUUUCAUGGCUAAUCAUACGCCUGAUUCGACUUGCCAACAUCUGGACCUCUGAGAUCGUACGCGAUAGGAUACAGCUUGUAUGGUCUAGUUUAGUUUACUGCAGCCAAAGGCAAGCCCGGUCACUGCCUUCAAGCUAUGCGGUUUCUGCGUUUCUGCGUGCUUGCACGUCAGAUAUAUUGCUUUCACUUGAAAAGUUCCAAUUCAAUACUUCCUGGUCGUCACGCCACAAAAAACUGACAAUGCCCGCGGAAAGUGGGACCCUCAUUGAAGACAUCGAAAACCUAGGUCUCUCCCCUGGUUUGUUCAGUAAUUGUACAGUCCUUGGUGAUUUCCACCAAUCAUUUUCACUGGCCUGUCGAUUGCUAGAUUCGUUCAGUCCUAACAAUGAUGUGGUGUCCCGUGCAAAGCAUCACGAGUUCAACCUUUCGUGGACGCUGAACGGAUAUCAUCGCCUACGAAGGGUCAUUGUCGAGUGGUUGUACCUCUCUGGAGCCCAGCCAGCUCCAGAUGACGAGACUAUGUCUUUGCAAUAUCUGGCUUGUUUGCAGCGUUGCUGGGUCUCGGGAUCUCAUGAUUCAAGUCUACUUUCAAACACAAGCCUGAUUUCUACAUGGUGUCAAUGCCUACGUGGACUUUUGGGUCUAGGUAUUCUAGAUCAAUUGCCUUCUGUUCAAGCGCUUCUGAGUUGCUUCCUGGAUGAUCUUUCACGAGCAGCAGCCAACUCAAAUUCACUGGUUAAACAGUUGAGAGAAACCCUGCCAGCUUUGGAAGAUAUCAAAUCGGUUCAUUCAAACGACCAGUUCUUUGAGUCACAUCUAUGGAGCUCCCUCAGGAGAUUACAUGCCAAGUUGGAAACUUCCUCAGCUGAUGCCCCGAUGGAAUCAGAUUCCGCUUUCCAGAGACCUAGCGAUUUACCGCAAGAUGAGCCAAAUGAAGAUACCCGAGCACCGAAGCGGUUGUGUCUUCCAGGACUGCCGAGUGAAUCCGACAUUCAGGACUUGCUCCAAGUUCUAGAAGGAAGAUUUUCUUCCGUUCUUCACUCUGACUGUGGCAAAUCAAUCCCAGAACUGCUUACCUUCAUCCAAAAAUCGCACGAAGAACUUUCCGAUCCUCAGAAAAUUGAAAUGUUGGACAUUCUUGGCAAAAUCGCAUGUGCAGUAACAAGAAUGCUUCGGAGGAAGCCUUCUGAUAUCAUAGAGCAAGACACCUUCUUCUGCCAGAAAUGCGAUAUGGAAAUAGGUCCGCACAAUGACGCAGACGCAGAGUAUCCUGAGUACGGCGAAAUUUGGACAUUGUUUAAUCUCAUUCUACCAAGGCUGACACGCACACCCGGUCCUCGGAUAUCUGCAAUGGUUGCCUUGAGACGAAUUCUAAUGCAUGCCCCAAACUCGAAUCAAAUGUAUCUUUCAACUUCCGCCUCUGGGGAGUUCUGUCUUCAUUCACUUCGAAGUUCAAUAAGGGAAUUACGCGUUGCGACUGGGCAUACCGUGGUGGCUUUUGUGCGUCCAGGUCUUCCAGAAGAUGUUCGUCGCGCCAAUUUUGUCGUUAUACUCGAGUGGGUUAAGAAUCUCUCAGAAAAGGACGACAUGCCAGUGCAGGAAGCCUGUAUUAUGACACUUUGUCGGCUAGCAACUGUCUCAGAGGAUGAAGAAAAAAACAUCAUUCUUUUACGGCUAUUGGAGUAUCUCGCACAUCCAAACCCCUACGUUUGUGCUGUGGCCUAUAAUGAGUUGUCAAAACUUGCACAGCACUUUUCUUUGACGCCUGCUGGCCUGUUUCGGCCUUACUGGAGAACUCUCUCAGUGACGGUUGUCAAGAACCUUCAAUCUCGCCCACAUAUGGCUGAGCAGCUAUGUGACUUGCUUGGCAUGAAGGUGGAUGGCUUCCUUCGGCUGACGGAAGUUCAUGUCUUGCCCUACUUAGUUUUGACUCGGAAACGAGACAUUAUUUGCAGAAUUGGAGCUAGUCGCAAUGAGGGCGAAUCUGCUUUUGAUGUCUGCUCAGAAAAAAACAACCUAGCCGCAAUCCUUGCGUUUCUCUUGUCACAGCAAUCAGAUAACCCAGAAGCCAUGAUCAUGUCCCUCUUGGCAGAGAUAGAUCCCGCUUUCAAGGGCCGAUCAUUGGCAGAGUUAGUCAGAAUCGAGCCAAUUCUCAUCACCUGUGAUCUGCUGAAAAGUCUUGGUGAUGCGGGCGAGCAGAAAAAAGAAAGGUUUUAUCAAGCCCUCCAUCGUCUGGCCACGUUCGUCCCACGAAAGAUUACGCAUGGAAACACGUCAAAAAAGGCGGAUCUGAGUCACUUCAUUGAGGAGCAUGUUCUCGGCAUUAUCACCCAAUUCGCAAAUGCUAUCAACGACUUCCAAGUGAGACAAACGUUGGCAGAAAAGAGGAGAAACAUCAAAGCCAUUGAAGAAAUGAUCAACAUUGCCCAGGGUCACGUUAGCAGUGCUUUGCCCCAGGUCUGUGCCUGUCUUCGCUCAGCUCUUGAGAUUGAGGAACUUAGCGACUGUGCAUUCUCAGCAUGGAAGACCUUGGUUAGCUCACUUAGCGAAGAAGACCUUGAACCGAUAAUUGACCAAACACUGGCAAUUGUGAUUAGAUACUGGGAUAAUUUGACCGAAGAGAGCAGAAACCGUGCCUGCGAGCUCAUUGAUCACAUAUUGAUAAAUCAUCAGAGUCUUGUGAGAGAUACAUUCAACACAAUGCCUUCGCUUGCAUCCAUCCCAGAAUUGGCCCCUUUCGAUGCCAAGAUCAAUGACCUUAGGGCUCAAAUGGAUGUGCGCAGCCAGUUCCUGGCGCUCAUACGCCGCUGCCAAAGCGAGAAUGCCACCGUUGUUGAACAAGCAUUGAUUGAAUUGGCACCUUUUCUGUCCGCAAAUGAGGAGUUCCUCCACGACUCUGUUCUGAGCGAACAACCAGAUCCUGUUAUUGCCCAUCUGACCAGGUCGCUGCUGGACUGUUGCGUGAAAUUCAACACUACCUCAGACAACAUUACAUUGCUGUCGGCGCGAUGCUUGGGGCUUGUCGGCUGCCUUGAUCCUAACCGAGUAGAGACCAUAAAAGAGAAAAAAGACAUACUUGUUUUGUCCAACUUCGACAGAAUGGAGGAAACGGUUGCCUUUAUUCUUUUCUUUCUCCAGCACGUGCUAGUCGAGGCAUUCCUGUCUGCUUCCAAUACCAGAGCCCAGGGCUUUCUAGCAUGGGCCAUGCAGGGUCUUCUCAAGUUCUGCAAACUCAAUUCGGUGUUUAAUCAGCGGUCUCGCGAUCUUCAAGGCGACGAAAAGCUUCAGCGCUGGAUGGAGCUUCCGGAAAGUGUUCGGAACACUCUCACGCCAUUUCUCACAUCUACGUACACGGUCACUGUGGUUACCAAUCAUGCCGAAGUCAGAUAUCCGCUGUUCUCCCCUAAAUUGACUCACAGCGAGUGGCUUCGAACGUUUGUGCAAGACCUUCUGCAAACAGGCAACGGAGAUAACGCAAAAAUGGUCUUCUCCAUAUCCAGUCGUGUUGUGAAAGGUCAAGAUAUCUCCAUAUCUUCUUUCCUUCUACCCUUCGCGGUUCUGAACCGUAUUGUGGGAGGGACUGAACAUGAGAAACAGGAUCUUCAACGCGAAUUGAUGAGAGUCCUUUCACAUCCUGUCCCUGAGACAAACAACAAUGCCCGUGAGACCAUAAUCAGCAGUAGUCAAAGUGUGUUUGAAGUGCUCGAUUACCUUUCCAGGUGGUUACAAGGAAAGAAGAAGCACCUGAACGGCCUGGCACAAAAUUCCAACCAUUCGAGUCGUUCCAAUAAAGAUUUGAGCCGUGACGCGCUCAUCGACAAAUAUUCGUCACAGAUCAAGUCUGUGGAAACACUACUAUCUUCCAUACCUCCUGAAAUCAUUUCCAAACGGGCGGUUGAAUGUAAAUCAUUCUCCAAAGCACUCUUUCAUUGGGAGCAGUACAUUCGAAAGACCAAAUCAAAUGGAGGAGAGCAGGACUGCGGCAGUCUUGAGCCUCUGUACCAACGAUUACAAGACAUCUACAGUCAAAUCGAUGAACCGGAUGGCAUUGAGGGCAUCUCAAGCCACUUGUCCGCCUUAAACAUUGACCAGCAAGUCCUUGAACAUAGGAAAGCAGGAAGAUGGGCCACGGCACAGAGUUGGUAUGAACUGCAACUUGAAAAAGAGCCCAACAAUGUCGAUGCUCAAUGGAAUCUCGUGACAUGUCUCAAAGAAUCAGGUCAACAAGAUGCCAUUCUUACUCGCUUCGAGGUUCUAAAAGAAAGUGAAUCAGCGGCUUCGCGAUUCCUUCCGUUCGCAGUUGAAGCAACGUGGAUCAUGGGCAGAUGGGAUAAGCUAGAAGGAUACCUUAGACUGUGUGCUGAACAAGGCACCGAAGAGUUCAAUGUUGGCAUCGGGUCGGCUCUUGAUGCUCUUCGCCAAAAGCAAUCAAGUUCAUUCACAGACAAGAUUAAUGAGCUCAGGCUCAAUGUUGCUCGAUCACUGACCGCCAACUCAGUCGCGUCACUACAGUCAUGCCAUGAUGACAUGCUUCGAUUGCAUGCUUUAUCAGAGGUCGAAUCUAUUGCCAGGGUCGAGUCUGAUCGCUCUCAUUCUGGCUUACUUGAUACGCUGGACAGACGGCUGGAUGUGUUGGGAGGUUACCUGUCUGACAAACAAUACCUUUUGGGGUUGAGACGUGCCACCAUGGAGCUAGCGGGCGAAUUUGCCGAUUCUGACAUCUCUGCGGCGUGGCUGACUAGUGCACGUCUAUCACGCAAGGGCAACUUUAGCAGCCAAGCGUAUCACUCAAUGCUGAACGCUGCACGGUUGAAAGACAGGUCUGCUACCAUUGAACAUGCACGACUCCUCUGGAAAGACGGACAUCAUCGAAAGGCUAUUCAAACUCUUGAGGGUGCCAUAUCUGCCAAUGAAGCCACCCAAACCACGUCCUCUUCAAGUGACGUUGAAGCCAUGUCAUUCCUCUCGAGCCGUGGGCAACAUCAAAAUGAAUCCACUGCCCUCGCGCAUCUCAUGCUGGCUAAAUGGACAGACAGAGCUGGUCAGACACAUUCUCAGGCCAUCGUUCAGAGAUACCGAGAAGCUAUCAAGCUCUAUCCAAAGUGGGAAAGGGCACAUUAUUACCUGGGAAAACAUUACAACAAAAUCCUGGAGUCUGAAAAGGCUAAACCCAUGGGAAGAGAGGCCCAGAUAUACUUGAGUGGAGAAGCAACAAAGCUUGUCAUUGACAAUUAUCUUCGCUCAUUGACAUACGGGACCAAAUAUGUCUUUCAGACGCUGCCCAAACUUCUUACACUCUGGCUUGAACAUGCUUCUAUCGUUGAACAGCCACUUGAUCCUAAAAGGGGCGACAAUGAAGAUUUCCAGAGACACACAAAAGCCCAACGACAGAAGAGUCUGGAUGAAAUGCAUGCACAGCUGAAGAAAUACAUCGAAAAACGAUUGCAAGCAGCUCUCUUGUUCACAAUCCUACCCCAAGUUGUUGCCCGGAUCUGCCAUCCCAACAGCACAGUCUACGAUCUAUUGACGCGGAUUGUAGCCAAAGCGGUUCACAAUUUCCCACAGCAGGGUCUCUGGACUGUUCUUGCUGUUGUCAAAUCAUCCAACAAAGAGCGAGCCACUAAGGGCUUCACCUGUCUGCAAAAAAUAAUGGAUUAUGGUAACAAGUCCAAGGGAGACUCAUCCUCGGCAUCCGAAAUUCGCCGCAUGAUAAACCAAGGCCAGAAGUUUUCCGAGGAACUACUUCAACUAUGUCUUGCUCGAGUUGAGAACAAGGUAUCCAAGGUCCAAUUGGGUCGCAAUCUAGGAUUCAACCAUAAAGUGGCACCGUGUCGGCUGGUAGUUCCUUUCCAGGCGAUGUUGAUUCCAAGUCUUCCUGCCAGCCAAAACCUCGAAUACAUCAAAGGAUUUAGAGCUUUCCCUCGAGAUCCGACAACCAUCGAGGCCGUUCUUGAUGAUGCCCAGAUUUUGAAUUCGCUCCAAAAGCCACGCAAGAUUAGCAUACGAGGGUCUGAUGGAAAGAUCUACAACGCACUGUGCAAACCCAAGGAUGACUUGCGGAAGGACCAACGUCUCAUGGAGUUUAAUAACAUGAUCAACAGGUUUCUCAAGAGAGACGUUGAAUCAAGCAAGCGGCGCAUAUUAGACAUCAAAACAUACGCCGUGACGCCUUUGAACGAGGAAUGUGGUCUCAUCGAGUGGGUUGACAACCUCCGCACGCUGAGGGAGAUUAUCAUGAAAGGCCUACGCGAAAAAGGAAUCACGCCAAAUUACAAUGAGAUCAGGCACUAUUUGGAAGAUAUCUGCGCCGACCAGUCAUUCUCAAAGCUGCCGUUGUUCACAACCAAAAUCUUGGCUAAGCUUCCCCCAGUUCUUCAUGAGUGGUUCAUCGAGAUGUUCCCCGAGACAGAAGCCUGGUUCACAGCCAGACUGCGGUAUACACGAUCUUCUGCCGUUAUGUCAAUGGUGGGAUAUGUCCUGGGUCUAGGCGAUCGACAUGGCGAGAACCUCUCGUUCGAGGAAGGCACAGGUGGCCUACUACAUGUGGAUUUCAACUGUCUGUUUGACAAAGGUCAAACAUUCGAAAAGCCCGAGGUGGUACCAUUCCGACUGACUCAUAACAUGGUCGAUGCGUUUGGCGCUUAUGGAUACAACGGUCCGUUCAGACGGACCUGUGAAAUCACUCUCAGUCUUUUACGACAGAACGAGGAUGCUUUGAUGACUGUUCUUGAGACCUUUUUGCAUGAUCCAACAACGGAUUUCAUUGGCAAGAGGCGCCGCACUCAUGUUAAUGUUCCCGAUACACCAGCCGGUGUUUUGGAAGAUGUGCGAAACAAACUUCGCGGCUACAUGUCUAAGCAGCCCAUUGCCCUUUCCGUGGAUGGCCAGGUAGAUGAGUUGAUCGUGCAAGCAACAGACAAGAAGAAGCUAGCGUCGAUCUUGGGCUACGGCGCCUGUGGUGAUGCGAGUCUGCGCGAAUACUACCUCGUCGGGGUGGGGGAGACCGUGAUCGAGAGGAAUAUGACCGCGAACGAACGGGAGAUCGUGAACGUGACAGAGACCUUGGUCUGUAGACAUCAUGACGUUCCGUCGGCCGUCCACCGCCGUGUCUUCUUGGCGAAGAUUGUUGGCCUGCAUAUGGUCCCCGGCCAUAUCUAG